AUGCUGCUCGAACUCGGACGCGCGGACUUUCAAGCCAACGUGUACCACGAAUUCGAAACCGCGUUCUUGAGUACCACACUUGAAUUCUAUCAGCAAGAUUCGCUUUCAUUUCUCUCCAAUAAUACGGCGAGUGACUACGUCGCCAAAGCCGCGUCCAGGUUGGAAGCCGAAGCCCGCCGGGCCAAAAGUCUCCAACUGCCGGUGACUGCGGAAGGUCCCUUGCUGGCCACGCUCGAAACGGAAUGGAUUCAACGGCACUCCCGCGUACUCGUGGACAUGGAACCCUCCGGGUUUUCCGCCAUGCUUCAGGACGACACCAAAGUGCAGAGUUUGCGGGACAUUUACGAUUUGUUCGUCCGUGUGCUCUCCUCGGUGGAUCAUUUGCGCGAGGCACUGGCGGCGCGGAUUAAGCAGGACGGGGUUGCUUUAGUGCAGGAUCAGGAAAAGGGUGCAUCCGAUCCGUCCGCCUUUUGUCGGGGUGUCCUCGUCAUGAAGGCCUAA